AACAGAGACUAAAGAAGAAAGACGCUUACUGAAUAAGGUGGGAUCCAACAAGAGUGUAGUAUGGAAUGCAAUAGCUUAUGAAUUACUUUUUUUCUGAGGGAGCUCAACAGAAUGACACCUAAGAAAGGGAAAGUCUUUGACACUUGGUACGUUUGUGAUUUUUGGUCAUUACUUGAAAAUUAAUAAGUUUGAAAUCACUACUCUUAGAAAUGGAAGAAAGUGAUGACUCUAAUCAGCCUAUCUCAGCGUGUAGGCAAGAAAUUCGAAAGAGAAGAUGACCCAGCAAACCAAUGGUAGGCAAAUCCCAGCAAACUGAUGUAAUAGAGAAAAAGAAACACAUGGCCAUACCAAAAUCAUCUAGCCCCAAAGCUACCCAUCGUAUUGGUAAUACUUCUGGAAGCAAAGGCAGCUACUCUGCCAAAGCCUAUGAGUCUAUUAGAGUAUCUUCUGAGCUUCAGCAAAUUUGGACAAAGAGAAAGCAUGGACAGGAAAUGACUAGUAAGUCUCUCCAGACAGACACCAUUGUAGAAGAGAAAAAAGAAGUCAAGUUAGUUGAGGAAACCGUGGUACCUGAAGAAAAGUCAGCUGAUGUUAGAGAAGCUGCUAUUGAAUUGCCAGAGAGUGUUCAGGAUGUAGAAAUUCCACCAAACAUACCUUCAGUUCAACUAAAAAUGGACAGAUCUCAGCAGACCAGCCGUACAGGAUACUGGACCAUGAUGAACAUCCCCCCUGUAGAAAAAGUGGACAAGGAACAACAGACAUACUUUAAUGAAUCAGAAAUAGUGGUUAUUUCCAGGCCAGAUAGUUCUUCUACAAAGUCAAAGGAAGAUGCCCUGAAACAUAAAUCGUCGGGAAAGAUUUUUGCUAGUGAACACCCUGAAUUUCAACCAGCAACAAACAGCAAUGAAGAAAUUGGGCAGAAAAGUAUCAGCAGAACUUCAUUUACUCAGGAGACUAAAAAAGGUCCCCCGGUACUUUUAGAAGAUGAGCUUAGGGAAGAAGUAACUGUACCUGUUGUACAAGAAGGUUCUGCUGUUAAAAAAGUGGCUUCUGCUGAAAUAGAGCCUCCAUCAACAGAAAAAUUCCCAGCUAAAAUACAGCCUCCAUUAGUUGAAGAGGCCACUGCUAAAGCGGAGCCCAGACCUGCUGAAGAGACCCAUGUCCAAGUACAGCCAUCAACUGAAGAGACUCCUGAUGCUGAGGCAGCCACUGCAGUUGCGGAGAAUUCUGUUAAAGUUCAGCCUCCACCUGCUGAAGAGGCCCCUUUAGUGGAGUUUCCUGCUGAAAUUCAGCCUCCAUCAGCUGAAGAGUCUCCUUCUGUAGAGCUUCUUGCUGAAAUUCUGCCUCCAUCAGCUGAAGAGUCUCCUUCAGUAGAGCUUCCUGGUGAAAUUCGGUCUCCCUCAGCAGAAAAGGCUCCCAUUGAAGUACAGCCUUUACCAGCUGAGGGCGCCCUUGAAGAGGCCCCAGCUAAAGUAGAGCCUCCCACUGUUGAAGAGACCCUUGCUGAAGUUCAGCCUCUAUUACCUGAAGAGGCUCCUAGAGAAGAGGCUCGAGAACUUCAGCUUUCAACAGCUAUGGAGACCCCUGCAGAAGAGGCUCCUACUGAAUAUCAGUCUCCAUUAGCUAAAGAGACCACUGCAGAAGAGGCCUCUGCUGAAAUUCAGCUUCUAGCAGCUACGGAGCCUCCUGCAGAUGAAACUCCUGCCGAAGCUCGGUCUCCACUAUCUGAGGAGACUUCUGCAGAGGAGGCUCAUGCUGAAGUUCAAUCUCCAUUAGCUGAAGAGACCACUGCAGAAGAGGCCUCUGCUGAAAUUCAGCUUCUAGCAGCUAUAGAGGCUCCUGCAGAUGAAACUCCUGCUGAAGCUCAGUCUCCACUAUCUGAGGAGACUUCUGCAGAAGAGGCUCCUGCUGAAGUUCACUCUCCAUCAGCUAAGGGAGUUUCUAUAGAAGAGGCCCCUCUUGAGCUUCAGCCUCCAUCAGGUGAAGAGACCACUGCAGAAGAGCCCUCUGCUGCAAUUCAGCUUCUAGCAGCUACAGAGGCUUCUGCAGAAGAGGCUCCUGCUGAAGUUCAGCCUCCACCAGCUGAGGAGGCCCCCGCUGAAGUUCAGCCUCCACCAGCUGAGGAGGCCCCCGCUGAAGUUCAGCCUCCACCAGCUGAGGAGGCCCCCGCUGAAGUUCAGCCUCCACCAGCUGAGGAGGCCCCCGCUGAAGUUCAGCCUCCACCAGCUGAGGAGGCCCCUGCUGAAGUUCAGUCUCUACCAGCUGAGGAGACUCCUAUAGAAGAGACCCUUGCUGCAGUACACUCUCCCCCAGCUGAUGAUGUCCCUGCAGAAGAGGCCUCCGUUGACAAACAUUCCCCACCAGCUGAUUUGCCUGAGGAGUUUCCUAUAGGAGAGGCCUCUGCUGAAGUUUCACCUCCACCAUCUGAACAAACCCCUGAAGAUGAGGCUCUGGUAGAGAAUGUGUCUACAGAAUUUCAGUCACCGCAGGUGGCAGGAAUUCCAGCAGUAAAAUUAGGAUCGGUUGUUUUGGAAGGUGAAGCAAAAUUUGAAGAGGUUUCAAAAAUCAAUUCUGUCCUUAAAGAUUUGUCUAAUACCAAUGAUGGACAGGCUCCCACUCUUGAAAUGGAAAGUGUUUUUCAUAUAGAAUUAAAACAACGUCCUCCUGAACUGUAGUCAGGUUGUACCUAAGCUAGCAAUCAGAAGCUACAUGGUUUUGGAAGAACAUACUUUAGAAAAGGGUGGGCAGCGGGAAGUAGCUUUGUCAAUAAGGCAAAUUAAAGGGGACCCCAAGACUUGGAAUACAGGUUGGAAAAUGAACAAUAAAAACUGUAGCAGCAUAAAA